AUUCGAGAUUAUUUCAGCACUCCAGGUCUCGGCGGAGAUGAACUGUGAAACGGUGCGCAUUUCCAUGCUUCUAUCAUAGACCUUCAUGCAUAUGAUCUGCCGCUACCUUAUCCCAUUUGGGGUUGCCCCCUUGCUAACCAAUAUCCAUAAGAAGGUGGGGGUGCACUCCGUUGCUGGUUUUAGCAGUCGGACCAAUAGAGCAUGAACUUAUUCAAGUACGUACAAUUAGGAGCUUCGGCGUUGACAAAUUUCUUCAGAAGUCGGACACUCAACUUAACGCUCUUAAUUCAUGCUAAUCAUGGCAACCUCGCUUUGUAACACGCCUCUGGCGAAGCAUUACCCCGCCAUACCUUGUGUUUCUAAUACUUCGACGAGACAGAAAUGCUAUUACCAGAAAAGCCUAUCAGAUUCCUAUUUUCUUGGUAUAGAACACCUUCGAAUGUUGGUUUCCAGAUCCAAAGCGUCGACUAAGGGAAGCACUAGCAGUAGAACGCGGUCUAUGCGUGUGGUAGCUUCGCUUGGAGGCUUAUUAGGCGGGAUUUUUAAAGGUGCCGAUACCGGAGAGUCGACCAGGCAACAAUAUGCUGCAACUGUUAACAUCAUCAAUGGAUUGGAAGCGAAGAUGUCCGCUUUGUCGGAUUCGGAACUGAGGGAGAAAACUUUUCUAUUGAGAGAACGGGCACAACAGGGCGAAACUUUGGAUUCUCUCCUUCCUGAGGCAUUUGCUGUUGUAAGAGAGGCUUCAAAGAGGGUUCUGGGCCUUCGACCCUUUGAUGUCCAACUAAUAGGUGGCAUGGUUCUCCAUAAGGGAGAAAUAGCUGAAAUGAGGACCGGAGAAGGGAAGACCCUUGUUGCUAUUUUGCCAGCUUAUUUAAAUGCAUUAAGUGGGAAUGGUGUUCAUGUUGUUACUGUCAAUGAUUAUCUGGCUCGACGUGAUUGUGAGUGGGUUGGUCAAGUUCCCCGCUUUCUUGGGUUGAAGGUUGGCCUCAUCCAACAGAAUAUGACAAGUGAGCAAAGACGGGAAAACUACUUAUGUGAUAUAACAUAUGUGACGAAUAGUGAGCUUGGUUUUGAUUAUUUAAGAGACAACCUUGCCACGAAUGUAGAGGAGCUUGUCUUAAGGGGCUUUAAUUACUGUAUCAUUGAUGAGGUUGAUUCUAUUCUCAUUGAUGAAGCUAGAACUCCUCUCAUUAUAUCAGGACCUGCAGAGAAACCCAGUGAUCGAUAUUAUAGAGCUGCAAAGAUCGCAACAGCCUUUGAACAAGAGAUACAUUACACUGUGGACGAGAAACAAAAAACUGUAUUACUCACUGAACAGGGCUAUGAAGAUGCUGAAGAAAUUUUAGGUGUUAAAGAUUUAUAUGAUCCUCGAGAACAGUGGGCUUUGUAUAUCCUAAAUGCAAUAAAAGCCAAAGAACUAUUUCUUCGAGAUGUAAACUACAUAAUUCGUGGAAAAGAGGUCCUAAUUGUGGAUGAAUUUACUGGGCGAGUUAUGCAGGGUAGAAGGUGGAGUGAUGGACUUCACCAAGCAGUUGAAGCAAAGGAAGGGCUGCCCAUUCAAAAUGAAACUGUGACACUGGCUUCAAUUAGUUAUCAGAAUUUCUUUCUGCAGUUCCCAAAACUCUGUGGAAUGACUGGUACUGCAGCAACCGAGAGCACAGAAUUUGAGAGCAUUUACAAGCUUAAAGUUACAGUUGUACCAACAAAUAAGCCUAUGAUAAGAAAGGAUGAGUCUGAUGUUGUUUUUAGGGCAACAACUGGUAAGUGGCAGGCAGUCGUAGUGGAAAUUUCUAGAAUGCACAAAACUGGUCGCCCAGUACUUGUUGGCACCACCAGUGUUGAACAGAGUGAUUCUUUGUCUGAACAAUUGAAAGAAGCUGGAAUUCCGCAUGAGGUUCUUAAUGCAAAACCAGAAAAUGUUGAGAGAGAAGCAGAAAUUGUAGCACAGAGUGGUCGUUUUGGGGCUGUAACAAUCGCCACCAAUAUGGCUGGUCGUGGAACAGAUAUAAUUCUGGGUGGUAAUGCUGAAUUUAUGGCAAGAUUAAAGCUACGUGAUAUACUGAUGCCACGGGUUGUCAAGCCAGCUGAAGGAGUCUUUGUAUCAGUAAAGAAACCUCUUCCCGUGAAGACAUGGAAGGUGAAUGAGAAGUUGUUCCCGUGCAAACUAUCAGAUAAAAAUACCAAGUUGGCUGAGGAGGCUGUGCAAUUAGCUGUUAAAACAUGGGGUCAAAGAUCAUUGACCGAGCUUGAAGCAGAGGAGCGCCUAUCAUGCUCUUGUGAGAAGGGUCCUGCACAGGAUGAAGUCAUUGCUAAGCUGCGGAGUGCUUUUCUAGAAAUUGUUAAAGAGUACAAGGUCUUCACUGAGGAAGAGAGGAAGCAGGUUGUGGCAGCUGGUGGACUGCAUGUAGUGGGCACAGAGCGCCAUGAAUCGAGGCGAAUCGAUAAUCAGCUGCGUGGCCGAAGUGGAAGACAAGGAGAUCCAGGAAGUUCACGCUUCUUCCUGAGUCUUGAAGAUAACAUUUUUCGGAUAUUUGGUGGAGACCGAAUUCAGGGUUUAAUGCGAGCUUUCAGAGUUGAAGACCUGCCUAUUGAGUCCAAGAUGCUGACCAAAGCAUUGGAUGAAGCUCAAAGGAAAGUGGAGAACUACUUCUUUGAUAUUCGGAAGCAAUUGUUUGAGUAUGACGAUGUCCUUAACAGCCAAAGAGACCGUGUUUAUACCGAGAGGAGGCGAGCCCUUCAAUCUGAGGAUCUGCAGUCUCUUAUUAUUGAAUAUGCAGAAUUGACAAUGGAUGACAUUUUAGAGGCCAACAUUGGUUCCGGUGCUCCAAAAGAAAGCUGGGAUCUUGAAAAACUCGUUGCCAAAAUUCAGCAAUAUUGCUACCUGCUAAAUGAUUUGAGCCCUGAUUUGCUGACAAUCAAAUGUUCAAAUUAUGAGGAAUUACAGAAUUAUCUCCGACUUCGCGGCCGUGAAGCCUAUUUGCAGAAAAGGGAUAUUGUGGAGGAACAAGCUCCGGGAUUGAUGAAAGAAGCUGAGCGGUUCCUCAUUUUGAGCAACAUCGAUCGCCUGUGGAAGGAACAUUUGCAAGCACUUAAAUUUGUUCAGCAAGCCGUAGGGUUACGUGGUUAUGCGCAACGGGACCCACUCAUCGAGUAUAAGCUUGAAGGCUACAACCUUUUCUUAGAGAUGAUGGCGCAGAUAAGAAGGAAUGUUAUAUAUUCUAUCUAUCAGUUCCAACCAGUGCUGGUAAAGCAAGAUGAGGAAAAAAUGGAGAAGCAGAAAUCCGUUAAACCUAAAGCACGUGGCCGGGGAAAUGCUAACCCUGAUCCAGUCAGCGCUGCAUAGCCUUCCACAUCAAGUGUCUGUUCCUGAACAUCUUGUCAAGCUCUUGAAACCCAUUACUGUGACGUAUAUUUCUGAUUGCUAGGCUAGCUAAAUGUUGAAUGUAAAGAUAAGCAUUUCAUAAGGUACCUCACCUAUAGCAUAGGAGAGCACACCAAGAAAUUAUAAAAUGCUUAAAAUGGAGCCGGCUUUGAGGCUCGUCUAUACGAA